AUGGCUCCAAACAAUAACCAAAUGUUGGCUACCCUUCACGAUGAAGACUUUCCAUCAACGAUGAACGACUACAUCAAGGGUGAGAAGAUUGGAGAAGGCAACUUUUCUCGUGUUUUCGAAGGCAAAGUCAGAGCCGAUAUCAACAAAGAAUGUGCUUUGAAGAUCGUUAAGGUAGGUUUAUAUUGUUAGGUGUGUUUUAUAUUGUUGUUGAGAUGUUGAUGGAGGUUUUACAAUGAUUUUGAGCUAUGAUUUGGCGGGUAAAAGCAUUUUUUCGAGCUAUAAAGAGCUGUGGUCAGGCGCGAGCUAGAGUAAUAUCGGAAAUCGGGGGUUUUGGACUAGAAUUUUAUUUCAUGAGAAUUUUAUUGUAAAAUACGGAUUUCAAAUAUGUGACAGAACAUUUUAGUAAAAACGCUUUAUAUUUUUAUUGUUUUACCUUUUCUCAACAUCUCUUCAAACAUCUGAUGGGUAGUGUAAUAUAAGAUCAAUUUUCUGAUCAAUAUCUACCUUUUAAGCAGAUUUAGAUAGUUUUAGUAGUUAAAGCAAAGUCUUAUCAUUAAUUUAAUAUAAUUUUAGCUUUUGGAAGUUGACGAGAGCACAGUUAAACUUCAACAAGAAGAAGUUGACUUUCUCCGAAGGUUGGUCCAUCCGAACAUUGUCAAGUAUUACCGCCAUUUUAAUGAAGUAAGUUGGAAAUUUGUUUUUAAAAGCUGAUCCAGUUUUUGUAGAUUCUUAAACUAUUAAUUUUCAAUUGUUUGGGUUUAAAAAUGCGAGGUAAAGCUUGAAUUAAGGCUGAGAACAUGAAUAAUAUUGCUAUAUUUUCAGGGAACCAAUUUUGUAAUUGUGAUGGAGAAGAUGGGUGAUGACAACAUGGAAGAAUAUGUUCAAAACAUUCUACUUGCCGACUACAAGUUGUUGCCAGAGUACGAAAUUUGGGGAUAUUACGUUCAGGUGGCCGACGCUGUGGCUUUCAUGCAUUCCAGGAAUAUUGUUCACAGAGGUAGGAGAUUGGGUUUUUGAGGAUAAAUAUUGUUUUUAUAGCUGUAGAGUCUUAUCUUUGGUUUAAAUGGAAUAAAAGCUCAAUCUGAGUAAUAAUUUUGUUUUAAUGACUAAUUUCUAUAUUACACUAGAUCAUCUGUUGGAAUUAAUGAAAAAAAUCGUUAUACCUUGCUAAUAUGGACUCAUUUUAGAUCUCAAGACUGCAAAUGUACUAAAGAGAGACAAGCUGGUCAAGUUGUCCGACUUUGGACUUUCUGGCAACUACGCCGAUGGCAAACAAUUGAUCGAAAAGUGUGGCACACCAUUUUACAUGUCUCCAGAACGUGUUCAAAGGCUUCCAUAUGGCUUCAAGUCAGAUGUGUGGGGUCUGGGAUGCAUUCUAUAUGAGGUAUGUUGUUUUUUGUUUAUGGUAUUGUAAAGAUUGGUUAUAAAAUUAGCAGGAUUUUGGACAAAAAUAGGUUUAUAUUGAGGAUGGUCACUAAAACUUCAGAAAAAAAUGAGAUUUUUUUUAGCUAAAAUUCUAAAAAUAACAGUUACUAUAUAACUUUUUGGGUUUACUAUGAUACGGUAGGAUACUGUAGACUUAUAAGAACCAUUUCCAGAUGUGCACCGGAAUCUCACCGUUCUUUGGCGAACGUUGUAACCAGUACAGUCUGACCAACAAGAUCAAGGACGCCGACUUCCCACCACUGGCCGAGAGCUGUUACAGUCGCUUCCUGAGGGAGUUGCUGUACUGUGUGAUGCAGAAAGAACCGGAGCACCGUCCAACAGCAGCGUUUGUGGCUACGUACGCCAGGAAGGUUCAUGCACGAUUUGUGCAGCUGCAUCCAUCCGGACCUUAA